AUGGACGAGAGCUCGCGGGCCACCGAGGCCGACGUCUACGCGGCAAACCUCGACUUCACCGUGCGAGAGCUGCAGCGCAAGGUGCGCGACCACCAAGCCGAGCUCGAAAAGAUACGCGCCGCGCAGACAGAAGCCCCCCUCUCAGCAGAGGACCAGGCCGCGGUUAUCAAGACGGCCCUGACGACCGUCAACACCGCCUCGGAGCCCUUCCUCCCGUUCGCCGGCUCCGUCCUGCCCGCGCUCCUCGCCCUCCGCCGCGCGCACACCACCAUCACCGAAUCGAGGGCCUACCUGGAGGCCCGCGCCGCCGAGGCGGACCGUGAACGCAAGCAGCUCGAGUCCGACCGCGCCAACCUCAAGGACCAGCACCUCCUCACGGACGCGCUCACGUCGCGGAUCGCAGCCCUGCGGCAGGAACUCGCCGCCAAGACGGAGAUGAGGCCCGAGGACAGCGCCCGCGAAAAGAUGGACGAGCUGCGCGCCAGGACCAAGACGUACGACCGGGAGCGGAAACAGCUGAUGAGGGCGCUGCUGGACUUUAUCGACAACCAGCUCGCUCCCAUGCUGGCGGCCGAGGAGCUGGGCGGCCCCGUGGUCGGGGACAUUACAGAGGUCGACCCGGACGAGUUGGCGGCCGGGUUCAACGCCCAGGGGAAGCCGAAGAGGCCCAAGGCCGGGGAGGGGGACAAGCGACAGAGGAGGAUAGACGAGAUUUGGGGAGCGGCGGCGGGGAGGACCAGUGGCGGCGGCGGCGGUCGCGGCAGAGUGGACGGGGAGGAGGAGAUCCAGGCGGCGGGGAGGGAGAUGCGCGAGUUGACCGAGGAGUUGUCCAACAGGUUGGUCCAGGCAAAGGGGGAUAAUUCCGCCUCGUACGUGGUGCUGGAACGGGAGUCGGCCGCGGCGAGGUUCUUGGUCAGGAGCAAGGUUGCGCAGUUCCAUCCCAAGGACGCCAACAGGCUGCGGCUGAUUGAUUUUGGGAGAGACUUGGAAAACUAA